AUGGACUCUAUGCUCGAAAGCAUCGGCCAGGGGCCCGUGUCCCCAAAGGCGCUCCUGAGCAGCGGGGACCUACCGCAGCUGGAGGCGGCCGCGGCGGCGCUGGCCACCGCGGGCGCGGUGGCGCCGCCGUCACCGGCGGCGGCGGCGGCGGCGGCGGCGGGCAUGCGGCACGUCAGGAGCUUUGUGGACUGCGAGGAGGUGCUGCUGCAGGCGUCACUUGAAGAUCCAAAGCCGACGGCCGCCCCGCAGCCGCGCCGCGCGGACGGCCUGCUUGAGGGCGGGGAGCUGCGGGCGGUCCAGGAGGAUGAGGAUGAGAUGGCACAGGUCGUCAUUGUGUGUGAGCCCGAGGGGUCUUCCCUGAUGAUGGGCGGCCUGCACCCCCGCGGCUCCCUUUUUGAGCGCCCCGUCAACAUCGAGAGCGCCAAGGCCCACCACACCAACUUCAGACAGGCGCGGCGGCGCACCACUCGGGGAGUGCUGCGGGACCACGGCGUGCGCGUGCUGACUGUGCGCGAGAUUCUGGCUCACGGCGUGGAUGAGCACAUGGGGGCGCGGGUGGCGCUAGAGGACUUGGCUAUGGCCACACUCACAUACCAGGUGGGGUCCCCCGGGGUAGAGGGGGUUGUUGGGAGUAGGGGCGCGGCGGUGCGGUGCCGCGGCUGCGUAGGGGAUGAUGAGGCAGCGGUGCUGCCUGGCGGCUGCUCCUUGUGUGAGGUGGCUGAAGCUGACCGGCGCUACCUGGCAGACAGCUAUAAGAGGGAGGUCAUCGAGCACAUGAGCGUCACCCAGCUGAUCGACAUAAUCCUCAUCAACCCGACGGUGACGCUGACGCCCUCGGGGCGCGACACCGGGCUGACGGCCUCAUACACGUUUGAGCCCAUGUCAAAUCUGGUGUACACGCGCGACCAGCAGAUCACGACGUGCCGUGGCAUCGUGAUGGGGAGGCUGCGCAGCCAGCAGCGGUUCAGGGAGGUGGAGCUCAUGAGGUUCUGCUUCGACAAGCUGGGGCUGCCCAUCAUCGGCCAGAUCGAGGCCCCCGGAUUCUUGGAGGGCGGAGACUUUUUCCCCUUGGGCCGCGACCUGGCGAUGGUUGGGGUCGGCCUGCGCAGCAACGUCGAGGCUGCCCAGCAGCUGAUGGAGCGGGACCUGCUGGGCACCAGGCGGCUGGCCGUGGUGAGGGAUGACUACGAUAGGCACCAGGACCGGAUGCACCUGGACUGCGUCUUCAGCGCCCUGGGGGGCAGCUGCUGCCUCAUGCUGGAGGAGAUCAUGGGCGAGAGCUCGCCCAUGCGGCGCCUGGUGGACGAGUACUGCAGGGACCCCGUCACGGGGCGGUACCGCCUCGCCAGGACCGCCGUCGAGUUUGCGUCCUUUAUGGCUGCCGAGGGCUACUCCAUAAUCCCGAUCAGCGCCCCCCACCAGCUGGCAUACGCCUGCAACGUGCUGAACCUCGGACGCAGCCGCAUCGUCAGCGUGCACGCGCCGAGCGCGCGGCAAAUCAUCAAUCAUCCAAGGUUCAAGGGGGACGUGCGGGUCAUUGACUUUAGCAGUAUCACCAGCAUGUACGGCGCCGCCCACUGUGCCAGCCAGGUCGUCAUGCGCGUGCCCGCGCACCUAGCCAACCGAGUGUGA